AUGGCUCUCCUCAUCGCCUUUAUCUUUUUGUCAAGUUGGACAGCGGCGGCUCUUACACUUCCUUACAGCUCGUAUGUGAAAGGAUCCAGGGUUGAUUUUGAGUCAUCUGGCAGCGGACCAGAGGAACCUGUCCGGGGGAUUGUCAAGGUUGUGCAGCUCGACCAUCAUACCCUGACCCAGUCUGGAUUCUUCAGAAGAGGACUGACCCCCAGAAGAGCCCCUUCCCACAGUACCAGACUGCCCUUCCCUUCCUUCUUGUCUCGCGGUCGUCCAGGUCAGGCUGUGGGCAACAAGGCUCCUGUAAAUCCACUACACAACCUGCGCCCUAAAAACCCCACUGAGUUGGAGCUAAAGAAGAAGCAGGGCCUGCAAAUGUGGCAGAAAGUCAUAGAUAAAGGCGGCAAGAUGUCUUUGCCAGUGAACCUGAAGGACAUGAAACAGACAUGCACUGCAGUACCUUUCACUCAGCAUGUGACAGCAGAUGGAUGCGAAACAGUGACAGUACACAACAAGCUGUGUUUCGGCCAAUGCAGCUCCCUCUUUGUCCCGUCUGAAGGAGAGUUUGAAGGACUGAGUCCUGAGACAGGAGCCUUCCACCGGCGGGCCCCCUGCUCCCGCUGUGCACCAUCAAAAGCUCAGACUGUUACUGUGCCUCUGCGCUGUGGAGCCGACGUCCGGGAGAAGCGAGUGAUGGUGGUGGAAGAGUGCAAGUGUGAGACAGGCCGUGAAGAAAAGAGCGCCAUGGCUGCAGGUUCCAGGCACGUGUAACGCUGUAAAAGC